UUAGAUUCCGAUAUGGUGAGGCUUGCGCCGUCUAGUCAUGUGUCUCCCGUGAUAACGGCUUAUAAAUGGCGUUGUGUGAGGUUCCGUUUCUGUGGGGAUCUGGAUUGCCCGGACUGGGUUUUGGCAGAGAUCAGCACCUUGGCUAAAAUAUCUUCUGUUAAGUUGAAGUUGAUCUGUGUCCAAGUUCUGAAGGAGCAGCUGGGAGAAACAAUUGAUUAUGAAAAGAUAGUGAAGCUGACCGCUGAUGCCCGCUUUGAGUCUGGUGACAUCAAAGCCACGGUUGCUGUCCUCUGUUUUAUCCUCUCGAGUGCUGCCAAACAUAAUGUGAGCGGUGACAACUUGUCCAGUGAGCUCCAGCAGCUGGGUCUCCCCAGAGAACAUGCUGUCUCCCUUUGCCGCUCUUAUGACGAGAAGCAGACUGCCCUACAGGAAACCCUGAGAGAAAACAGUCUCCGCUUAUCACGACUAUCUUCUCUGAGCUGGCGGGUAGACCAGACCCUCAGCUCCAGUAUACUACAAGAGGUGAAUGAACCAGUAGUCCAUCUAAACCUGGGCGUGAAAGAUUCUGAUGGCUCCAGACCUGUCAAUGUGACUAUGUCUGCCAGUAAAUUAAGAGUUUUGUUAACAGAACUGAAACAAGCUCUUGAGAUGAUGAACUCCCUGAACUGAGCUAGAUUUUGCUCAGAAGCCCUCGGUGGAUGAGAAGACCAUGAGGUCUGUGAAAAAGCACUUGGUUCCUGAGAACAGCUGUCAUCCACAGAAAAUUGAGGAAGAUGGAUACUUCUGGACUAGAUAAACGUUCAUGGUUUACUGUGUCACUUGUACACAUGUUCUCUGGCCUGUUCGUAUUGUGUAGAUCUUUAUCCAGAACAGGUUCUGGUCUGAUAGCCACAGCGCUUCCAGCUAUAUUCAAUGAUAUAUGUGAACUAAGGAAAAAAAAUACAUACUGGAUAUAGGAUGGGGAAAAAACAUUGGGGGUCAUUUAUCAAAGAUUAGCGGUUUUACCUUGGUCUUUGAUAUCCUCUGCUCAUCUCGGACAUUGUGCACUGUGCACUCUCCUUUGCUUUGGCGGCCGCGUUCUGGAGGUGGGACCCGCACCUAUCUGACAUUGGUGGCAUAUCCUAGUGAUAUGCCACCAAUCUCUGAGAUGACAUUACCCCUUUAAUUUAUGACAAGACGCAGACCGUAUCAUAAAUUAGGAGAAUCUUCCGCCAGUCUCUGCACCUAGAUUUCCUGCUUUAAAUAUUAGUAAAUUUGCUAGGACUGAAGGCCCCAUCCCCCACACUGCCCUUGCCACUCUCCAGUGUUGAGGACGGUAUGAGAACCAUAUAUGGGGUGGUGUGACCUUUUUUUCCGGCAAAAUCUGUCAUAGGGAGACAUAAUAAAUGACCCCCAUAGUGUCUUGUCUCAUGUCAUCCUAAUGGUCAGUAUUUAAAGUAUUAUUUUUCAUGUUACGUUUUAUCAGGUUCACACGUCGCUGAAUGGAGAUUGUUUUCCAGUUUCCUAAAAUGAACAAUUCUACUUUCCACAUAAAAUGGUCUGCUGGCAAUGAAUAAAGUGUUUACAAAAAUGA